AUGAGAGGCGCACACCUCCCCGGCGCCCGCUCGUCUCCGGUCGUGUUGAUGUGUCUGCGGAGAAGACGGCACGAGUUCGUGGCGUGCAAGGCGCAGGAGACGACUGCGACCAAGCGGCGGCCGUUGCAGCAGCGGCCACUGCUGCUGUCUUGGAGGACGAUCGAGGUGGAGGCGGCAAAAGUGCCGAAGACGGUGCCAAAGACUGUGCCAAAGCCCAGGCUCUGCGGCAAUCCGGUGCCCGGAUUCUUCGGCCACCUCGACGCCUUCGAGUUGCAGGAGAUCAGCCCGCAGGAGGCGGACGCCCUACAUGAGGGCUUAGGCCAGGAGUACUCCAAGUUCUGCCGCGUCACCAUGAAGGGCCCGCAGGACUUCCGAACCAUCAGGAUGGAGCCCAGCAUCGUCGCGUGCCAGGCUGGCGGGAAGCCCUCGGCGAGCUUUUCUUUCGCGCUGGCGGUGGAGAAGUCCGAGCACUGCUACGUGAACGUCGGGCUGGUGGAGUGGGUCGCAGCGCGGAAGGAGGACGCCAAAGAGAGCUCAGAGGCUGAGACGUUGGCAGAGUUCAUGAAGGUGAAGUCCCAUGCCGAGGACAAGAUGCCUGGGGGAUGGCUGCCGGAACAACAUGUCCACGAGAAUCCAAAGCAGAUGAUGCUGGGCUGCAGGAAGGGCGUACAGUGGUUCGGAGACGCGACAAAGGUCCCGCUCUUUCAGGACAACAUCAUGCCCGGCUCCCUGCUGCGCUUCCGUUGCGACUACCAGCUGAAUCGCUCGGGGGACAUCUCGCAGGUGAAGGUUUGGCUGCUGCCUUCCCCGGUGAUCUUCGAGUAUGGCGGCGAGCAGACGAUCACGGAGGAGGACAUGUGGGGGGAGCCUUUGGCGCAGUGGUGGGUACCACGAUGGGGCAGCCAGGACAGAAAGAUGCGGCCGCUCUGGGUGCCCGCCAUCACGCUCUACACCUGCGGAGAUAGGGUGACGGUGGCCUGGGACGGACCCGCGGACCUGGAAGCCGCGACCCAGGUACCGACUGCUCCAAGCCCGUGUUGA